AUGCGAUCACACUUGACGAUGAGAUUUCUCUCAUAUGGCAAUCACGAUGGUCCUGGAUCAAGUUUCUAUUUCUCAAUCGAUAUCUUGUACUUUUCUCACAGACAUUUGACGUCGUUGGGUAUCUUCUUCCAAAACCCACUUAUAAUUUUUGUGCGUAUUAUAUGACUUCAUUGAUCGAUUGUUCGAUCGGAGAUCGCAGGUCUCGCAUGGGUCGGAUACAUCACCGUCAUCAACGGUACGCUAAAAUCAUUAUUGCUUGUCCAUUUUUCAUCGCUGAUAUCAUCCUUAUAAUUCGACUUGGGGCAAUAUACGGUCGAAAGAAGCGCAUUGUAGUGCCCGUGAUAGUCUUGUAUAUUCUCACCGUGGCCGCCAGCUCGACGGUGUUGGGAAUCCAGGCACAUCAUGCGACAGGGACUAAUGAACCGGUGCCUGGCUUCUAUCUCUGCUGGUUGACCAGUAAAUUGAAUAUCCUAUAUGCCUAUUGGAUACCCAUAGCCGUUUUCGAAUCAGUGAUGUUCCUCCUUGCUGCAUUCAGAGUCAUAGAUGAUUUCAAUGUGCCUAAGAUGGAGAGCACAUAUGGCCCUCGGUCGUUACUUUCCCUUGUCGUCCGUGAUUCGUUGUGGUACUUCGUAGUUGUCCUUACAACUGGCCUCGCUAAUGCGCUGGAAUACCGUUUUGCCUCUCCGGGGAAAUACAACGUUCUUCAUGGUCCAACAUCAGCGGCGUUAUCGAUCUCUAUAUCUCGUAUGAUCUUAAAUUUACGCAAAACGGGGCGGGAAGAAAAUCCUCUCCCAAUCUCGCAGUUGUCCGGUUUGCGUUUCCAGGCCGAUCGUACUCGGGGAACUACUAUAGACACAGGGGAUGAUGGGAUGACUACGACCCAGGCAGAUUGACCCAUGGCAGUGUACAAUACCUU